AUGUUAUUAGAGCAACUUAUUCUUAAGCUUCCACCCUCAAAGCAGUUUGAGUGGAGUCGGCAUUCAGCAACAACGUCACCGUAUCCGACUAUGGAAGAUUUCGCUAAUUGGAUUACCGACCUUGCCAGGGUUGUUACUCUUAUGCCAUCAAUGUUUUCUUCAUCGCAGCGAAACGUUCCACAGUCAUCGUCAGCCAUGCGAUCAUAUACUCUAACACCGAAUCGUUCGUCGAAUGCAAAUGUGCCACGUCGAGUGCUUUACAGCAGUGGGACCGAGGCAAACCAACAAACGCAAAUGCCGGAAAAGCAAAUGUCCUGCGUUAAAUGUCAGCAGAAUCAUAAGUUAAACGUCUGCAAAGAGUUUAAAGCACUCAGUGUUAACAAUAGAUGGAAGUUGGUAAAGGCCAACCGCCUAUGUUUUGGUUGCCUUCAACGAGGACAUAGUCUACUGGAAUGCAGGUCAAAAAAGGAAUGGGGGCUUGAUGAUUGUAACCGCAAUCACAAUCUGUUGUUGCAUCAGGCAGUUAAUUUAAAAGGUGAGACGUCUGCCUCAGUACAACCUGCUGUGAUGUCACCUAUACAGGCCAAUAGUGAACAUUUAUUGAAUUGUCGCGUUGAUAACCAGAGCACCUGUUUAUUCAAAAUCUUGCCAGUUAGUCUAGUCGGACCUCGUAAAUGUAUUACAGUCUACGCGAUGGUUGAUGAAGGGUCAUCUAUAACCUUGCUUGAGGAAGGUAUCGCCAAUGAGCUUGGGGUUAAAGGUCGCGUUGUACCAAUCACUUUACAAUGGUAUAACGAAAAUCAAAUUACUGAAAGGUCUCGAGUAGUUAACUUGGACAUUAAAACGGAACAUAAUACCAUGCCGUCGCAAUUAAAGAAUGUACACACGGUAAAGAGUUUAGAUUUGCCAAUACAAACAUUCAAUCGAAGUCAGUUCAGACAUUUUGAUAACUUGCCGAUAGCAAGCUAUGUUGCUGCUAAGCCCUCGUUGCUUAUUGGGUUAGAUAAUAGUCAUUUAAGUAUCGCCAAGCAAACAGUAAGCGCUGGCAACAACGAACCUAUUGCCACUGAAACUUCGUUGGGUUGGGUAGUUUAUGUAUCAGCUCUAUCUAAGGUCAAUCCUACAGCGCAAAUUUUCCACGUCCGGAAAUCGUUCACUACAAAUAAAUUACAUCAAUUAGUAGACGAGUACUUUAGUGUAGAAAUUUUCGGAGUAAAGCCAACAGAUACUCCUUUGGAAUCGACUGAAGACAUUCGUGCCAGUGAAUUUCUGCGGGUAACAACAAAAAAUAUAGGAAACCGGUAUGAAGUUGGAUUGUUGUGGCGUGACGAUCACAUCAGAUUACCGCAGAGCUACGAAAUGGCCAAACGUAGACUAAUUCACAUCGAAAACAAAAUGUUAAUAGAUGAAGCGUAUGCCAAAUGCUAUAAAGCUGAGAUAAAUAAAUACGUAGACAAAGGGUAUGCCAAAUUAUUGUCCACUGCCGAAGCUCGAGAGCAAGGGCCAACUAUUUGGUAUCUGCCACAUUUUGGGGUAGUAAACCCGCAUAAACCACAUAAGUUACGUAUCGUAUUCGAUGCAGCCGCCGCCGUUGCUAAUAUUUCUUUAAAUUCUGUUUUUCUAAAAGGACCGGAACGGGCGCAACCGUUAAUGGUCAUAAUGUAUAAGUUUCGUCAACGUAUAAUUGCGGUUGCGGGUGACAUAGAGGAAAUCUUCUCACAGGUUAAGAUAAGACUUGCUGACGUUCAUGCGCAACGAUUCCUAUGGAGGGAUGGGAAUCAGUCAAAUGACAUUGAGACAUAUGCGAUGACAUCAAUGAUAUUUGGUGCCGCAUGUUCGCCAUGUGCCGCAGAGUACAUUAAGAAUUUUAACGCCGCUCAGUUCAAUGAAGUUAUGCCAAGGGGUGCCAAAGCUGUUAUCGAGAAUACUUACGUAGACGAUCUCGUAAUCAGUUUCGAUAACGUUAUCGAAGCUAGUGAAGUAGUUAAGGAAGCUAUAGCUAUAAACGCCGCCUCUGGAUUCCGUGUAAGGAACUUUGUCUCAAAUUGUAAGAGGUUACAACACCAGCUAAAUAACAGUGUCGCCGCAUCGUUAGACAUUAUAAAUAGGGCACGUCAACCCAAAACCGAUAAAAUUUUGGGCAUGUAUUGGACGUGUUGGAAUUUCAGUUUAGAUUCCACAAGAUACCUCUAG